AUGCAUCGUUGCUGCUUUCGACCGAUCGCACUAGCGCUGCUAGUCCUUUGGCUUACCAUCCGGCCCCGGCAGGUGGCUAGUAAUGGUGACUUUAGCUAUUUCUACGGCACCAUCGCACCGACGGAUACGCUCUGUGCGAAGAAAGUCGUUGGCAUUGGCACAAAGACGCCCGUACAGGUGGAUUACAGCAGCACGCGCCCGAUAACAGCUGUCAGCCUCGAUGCGUCGAACGUGGCGUACCAGGGCUUCAAUGUACUCAUCACCCGGGGUGCCAUCGGCCAGAAGGGCAUCACGUUCAGCCUGAACGGGCCCUGGGUGUUGCCGUACUAUGUCGAGCUGGACUACUACUGCCGGGCGCCGGACCAACCCUGA